AUGCUCGAAGGUAUUGGUGGACUUCCAAGUACAAGGAAAAGUUAUAGAUUUGGAGUGAAGCUUGCAUAUAAAUCUUGUAUGGUGAACGAUACCGACUUUGAUCCGGCAAGAUGUUGGGGACUUUUUGGUGGCUCAACUCCUCAUUUGAUAAAGAUUGCAAUGAGGAUUCUUUCUUUAACAAGUAGUUCAUCGGGUUGUGAAAGAAAUUGGAGCACGUUUGAAGCGGUACAUACAAAGAAACGAAAUAGAUUGGAGACAAUUCAUCGGGUUGUGAAAGAAAUUGGAGCACGUUUGAAGCGGUACAUACAAAGAAACGAAAUAGAUUGGAGACAAGUAGAGUGAACAAUCUUGUUUAUGUUCAAUUCAAUGCUAAUUUAAUGGGAAAAAAAAAAGAGAAAAGAUAGAACUUUGGAAGUGCUUUUAGCAAAUGAUUCUCACUCGGCUCAAGAAUGGAUUGUUGAUUCUAAUGAUCGAGAUAUAGACGAAGUUGACCGAGAAUCAAUUAUGGAAUCGAUUGAUGAAGCUCUCAGGACUAACGAUAAUCAAGCACCCCGUCAAAAUUCAACAACUAGAUAACUUUUUGAUGAAGAUUUUGAGUCCGAGAAUGAGGAGCAAGUGUUCGAAGAAGGUGAAUAUGAAUCGGAUGGAGUUCAAAUAUUGGAAGAUGUCGGAGGAGAUUAGAAGUAGAUGAACAUUUAAAUCUAUGAAAAUGUGUUUUUUUGGGAUUAUUAAACUUAUUAUGUUUUAGACUUGUACUUUGAUGGCUUUUUACUUAAAUGUUUUAAUAGUAGAUUAUAUAUAUAUAUAUAUAUAUAUAUAUAUAUAUAUAUAUAUAU